CAUGCAUACAAGCACACCCACUAGUGCCAGCACAAUUAAAAUCAAGUGAAAGAGGUAGCUUCUGCAGAACUCAGAUAUGGGAAGGGCUCCUUGUUGUGAGAAGGUGGGAAUGAAGAAGGGGAGGUGGACGGCGGAGGAAGAUGAGAUUUUGACCAAGUACAUUCAGGCCAAUGGAGAAGGUUCUUGGAGGACGUUGCCAAAAAAUGCAGGAUUGUUAAGAUGUGGGAAGAGUUGCAGGUUAAGGUGGAUUAACUAUUUGAGAGCUGAUCUAAAGAGAGGAGACAUUUCUCUCGAGGAAGAAAACACCAUUGUCAAGUUGCAUGCUUCGUUAGGCAACAGGUGGUCCUUGAUAGCAAGCCACUUGCCAGGAAGAACCGACAACGAGAUUAAAAAUUACUGGAACUCUAACUUAAGCAGAAAAAUUUACACUUUCCGAGGCACAACUAAUACCAAACCAGACAUCAUCACUCUCACUCUACCUCCCAAGAGGAAACGUGGUAGGACAAGUCGCUGGGCCAUGAAGAAGAACAAGACAUAUUGCGCCCCUAAACAAAAGCAACAGCUCUUACCAGCAGUUCCUCUUCCACCAACACCUCCACUUGAGACCGAGAAACAUUCUUUCACCCAUGAGAAUACUACUACUCAAGAAGAAGAAAACCUAGUCACUAAUGCCACAUGGGUUGAGGGUGAGAAAGAAAUAAUGAACAUCUGGGGACCCUAUGACGAGGAAUUUAUUAAUGGGGGAGAUGGGGAUCAAGUGUUGUGUUUUGAAUCUUUCAACGACAUCAUGAACAGCUACUGUUCCCAAGCAAGUGGGUGUUGGACCAUUUCUGAUGAAGGUUACAGUGAGAGCAGUGAAGUGGUUGGGAAUAAAACUUGUGACCACACCGUUUUGUCGAGUGGUCGGGAGAAGCAGUGCUUUUGUUCAACCAAGUUUUCUUCUGAUUCUGACUUAUGCCAAAGCGCGGCACAGCUGGAUCAUAAGGAUGAGUCUCUGCUGGAUCAUAAGGAUGAGCCUCUGCUGGAUCAUAAGGAUGAGUCUGUGUCGUGGGAGCAGCAUCAGAGCCUCCUCUCUUGGCUUUGCGAAGAUGAAGAUUGGGAGAAGGAUUUGCAGAGCGUUGGUGAGAUUGAUCCUCAGAAACAAAAGGACAUGGUUGAUUGGUUUCUCUCUUGAGAACACCCUCUUCUGCUUCUCAUCAUCACUUUAGUUUUGGACCUUAAGGACCAAUUUCCCUUUCCUUUUGGAAUGUAAAAACUG